CCUGCCAGCUGGGAUUUUACAAGUCAGCCCCCGGGGACCAGCUGUGUGCAAAGUGCCCCUUGCACAGCCACUCGGAGAGCCGGGCGGCCCGCGUGUGCCGCUGCGACAGCAGCUUCUACAGGGCGGUGCAGGACCCCCCCUCAGCUGCCUGCACUCGGCCCCCCUCUGCUCCCGUGAACCUCAUCUCCAGUGUAAACGGCACCUCGGUGACCCUGGAGUGGGGGCCGCCCCUGGACAAGGGGGGCCGCGCCGACAUCGUGUACAACGUGGUCUGCAGGCGCUGCGCGGGGGACGCUGGCCAGUGCGAGGCGUGCGGCAGUGGCAUCCGCUUCGUGCCCCAGCAGAUGAGCCUGGUGCAGGGAGCGCUGACGGUGACCAACCUCCUGGCCCACACCAACUACUCCUUUUGGGUGGAGGCUGUCAACGGCGUGUCUGACCUCAGCCUGGAGUCCCGGAGAGCUGCAGUUGCCAACAUCACGACAAACCAGGCAGCCCCGUCCCAGGUGGUGGUGGUACGCCAGGAGAGCACAGGCCAGAACAGCGUCACCUUGCUGUGGCAAGAGCCAGACCAGCCCAACGGCAUCAUCCUGGAGUACGAGAUCAAGUACUACGAGAAGGACAAGGAAAUGCAGAGCUAUUCGACUCUGAAAUCCAAGGGCACCACUGCCACCAUCUCUGGGCUCAAGCCUGCAACCCGCUACAUUUUCCAGGUUCGGGCUCGCACUUCUGCUGGCUGUGGGAGGUUCAGUCAGACCGUGGAGGUGGAAACGGGGAAGCCAGUCUCUCUCCGGUACGACACGAUGACGAUUGUCUGGAUCUGCCUGACACUCAUCACUGGCCUUGUCGCGUUGCUGGUGGUCCUAAUCUGCAAGAAGAGGCACUGCGGGUACAGCAAGGCUUUCCAGGACUCUGAUGAAGAGAAGAUGCAUUAUCAGAACGGGCAAGCUUAUUUUCUCUCUCCCCUUUGAAACCUGGCAGUGAAGUUCCCUGAGUCCAAGUUCUAUGUGGACCCCCACACGUAUGAGGACCCCUGCCAAGCCGUGCAUGAGUUCACCCGUGAAAUCGAGGCCUCCCGCAUCAAGAUCGAGAAGGUCAUUGGAUCCGGGGAGUCUGGAGAGGUGUGCUACGGCCGCCUGAAGCUGCCAGGGAAGAGGGAGAUUCCUGUGGCCAUCAAGGCACUGAAAGCAGGCUACACGGAGAAGCAGAGACGGGACUUCCUGAGUGAAGCCAGCAUCAUGGCACAGUUCGACCACCCCAAUGUCAUCCAUCUGGAGGGAGUGGUGACCAGGAGCAAAUUGGUAAUGAUUGUUACUGAAUACAUGGAGAACGGCUCGCUAGACACCUUCCUCAGGAAACAUGAUGGGCAGUUCACCAUCAUUCAGCUGGUGGGCAUGUUGCGUGGCAUUGGAGCGGGCAUGAGGUACCUGUCUGACCUGGGCUAUGUGCAUCGGGACCUGGCUGCCCGCAACAUCCUGGUGAACAGCAACCUGGUCUGCAAAGUGUCUGACUUCGGCCUCUCCCGCAUCCUGGAGGAUGACCCCGAUGCUGCCUACACCACCACGGGCGGGAAGAUCCCCAUUCGCUGGACAGCUCCGGAGGCCAUCGCGUACCGCAAGUUCUCCUCGGCCAGCGAUGUGUGGAGCUACGGCAUCGUCAUGUGGGAGGUCCUGGCCUAUGGCGAGCGCCCGUACUGGAACAUGACCAACCGGGACGUCAUUAACUCCGUGGAGGAAGGCUACCGCCUGCCUGCCCCCAUGGGCUGCCCCACAGCCCUGCACCAGCUCAUGCUAGACUGCUGGCAGAAGGACCGCAGCGAGAGACCACGCUUCUCCCAGAUCGUCGGCAUCCUGGACAAGCUCAUCCGCAACCCUGACAACUUGAAGUGCACAGCCACUGUCAACCGGUUCACCCAAACACCCUUCGACAGAGGUCUGCUCGACCUGGCCAGCUGUCUGACAGUGGAGGACUGGCUGGACUCCAUCCGACUGGGGCACUACCGGGACAACUUUGCCAUGGCAGGGUACUCCUCUCUGGGCAUGGUGAUGCGCAUGAACAUCGAGGACGUUCGGAGUUUGGGCAUUACCAUGAUGGGCCACCAGAAGAAGAUCUUGAGCAGCAUCCAGGCCAUGAGGUCCCAGCUGCUGAACACAAAUGGCCCCAGGAGGCAUCUCUGA